AUGCCUGCAGGCUGUACUACUACUCGGUGGGAAUUGGCUGCUUGGCCAAUCGGGUCACAAGUGGUUGGACGCGCCAAGACAAACCCCAAAUUGCAAUCACCAACCCGCACGCUUCUGUCGGCUGGGCAAGAGGAGAAGAGGAAGCUGCUCUGGGUGACCGCCCCGCAGUACGCAGACCCAAUGUCCGGUCGUGCAGGAAUUGGAGCAGCCAAGGCGUUAUUGCUGGCUGUAUGA